UCUGAUUCUUCGUUUACUUUUUUUUGUUCGAUCAACCACAAUGGAUUGCAAACAAGAAGUUUCUUUGCUGGAGAAUCCUGUAAUUUUUAGAAAUUUCUGUUUUUUUCUCACUAUUCUGGAACUUUUCCCUACAAGCUACGCAAUGUAUCUUUUGAUUUAUCAUUCACCAACUCAAAUGAAGGAUAUGAAACGGUGUUUAAUAAACUUGGCAUUUUGGACAAGAGCUAUGGAUUUGAUGUAUUCGUUUCUAUUAAUUCCUUAUUUUUUCAUUCCAACUCUGGUAGUGCUUCCAGUUGGAUUAUUUAGUUUAAUUGGGUUGAAAACAGAAAUUCAACUGGUAGUGCUUGUGAUAAUCAUAGCAGGUCUUGGUUCGGCAGUUGUGAUGAUUUUUGAAAAUCGUUUCAAUGCUAUGUGUCCACCAUAUUUUCGUUUUAAAAUGAAUAAAAGACGAGAAUACCAUUGCAUAAUGUUUGUUAUAAGUUUUUCACUACUUAUAUCUUCAUUUUUGAGACUUGAAGAUCAGAAUUCGGCUAAAAAUUCUUACGUCAAUUACUUUCUCUGUCCAAUUCCGGAGUUUUUCACAACUGCAUUUUCCUUUAAGCCGGUUUCAAAUACAAUGUUAAUUACUACAGUCUUACUAUUUUCUCUAGUGAUUCUUAUUCAAGUUAUAUUUUUCACAGGAUUUAGUUUUUAUUUUUUAUUUUCAAUUGAAAGAAGUAAAAUGUCUUCAGCAACGAGAAAACUUCAACUUAAAUUCUUUUAUACGACGUGGCUACAGAUGUUAACUCAUCUUGCUGUUAUAAUAUUACCAAUGGGAUAUACAUUCUUCUCAUUUCUACUCCUUUAUAGAAACCAAGUUUUGGUAAAUAUUUCCACAAUAAUUAUCAGUCUCCAUGGAUCGAUAACAUCAAUUUCAACAAUAGCAAUCAACCGCCCUUUUCGUAACAGAUUCAAGAUGUGGUUAUUCCCGAAGAGAUUCAAAAAGCGGAGAAGUAGUACGAACCUCAAUGUUUUGGCUGUUUCCUCAAGCUGGCUGUAAUAUUUAUUCCAUUUUUUUAAUGUUCAUUUGUAAAAAUGCAAUUCUUUUCCUUCAAUUCAUAUUGCAAAUCGAAAUCUAAACCUAUAUUUUAAAUUAAAAACUUUAAUCGAAUCAGGAGAGCUCCAUAAAAGCUCCGUUUCAAUUUCCCUGUCAGUUUAAAAUGAAUAUUCUUAU